AUGGCAUCACCUAACUCACAGGCGGUGACCAAACGGUCUGAUCAGCACCAGCUGAUGCCACCCCCACCGCCUCCAAAACGCAUCAAACGCCCUACCACCGUCCUCGACGAAGACGUCUACACCAGCGCUCUUUCUCAUAUAAUCGCCCGCGACUUCUUCCCAGGUUUACUGGAGAAUCAGGCUAAACAAGAAUACCUCGAUGCUUUAGAAUCAAAAGAUAAAGGAUGGAUCGCCAGUUCGAAACGAGCGCUUGCGGAUGUGAUGCGCACGCCGACUCCAGGGUCGAAUGCUCGUCGCAAGACAGGCUCGGGGCCUGCAUCUGUUGCAGGCACACCUCAACAUUUCCCCUCUACAAGCUCAAAUGAAACACCUCGGGGGUGGGGUGGUGAUACACCCAUGUCUGCUGCAUCAGUCGCAACGUCUGCUUCGAGUAGAAACGACCAGAAUGCUCCGGAUGUAUCGAACAUGGGCCUGCUUGCAUUCCAGUCCAAAUACACAAGCGAGGAUAACGAGUCAUUCAAUAAGCGGGAGAAGUACGGCUGGCUUUGGAACAAUAAUAAGGUUCCUUCCGCCCGACAGAUUGCCCAUCACCAACGCGAAGUCAAGCGCAUCACCGCCCAGGGAGGGAACCCAGAGACCAGCCUCAUCAAGCACGAUGAUGCUGCUCAGCCUGUUAUCAAAACAGACCUUGAUGCUCGCCCGGCAAGACCCGAUGGCUGGAACGUUCGCCCUGACAAUACACUCAUGUUUCUCCCCUCCUCAGUUGAGGAUACCCACGAGACCCUCCAGCAAAAGGCCGAGGCCGCUUCGCGAGCAGCACCGAAACGAACUCUUUAUCAAAACACGAGACUCCUGGACAUGGAUGCCGCGGCUGCCGCAGAUGCUGCGAGUGCAGUUCCGCCCUCGCCCUCCCUCUCUGCCAUCCAAGACGCCAUCGCUGGCCGCCCGCACCUUGGUGAAUCCGAGGCCGCAUCAGCCAUACCUGGUGGCGAGACUCCGCGGGUGAACGGGUACGCCUUUGUCGACGAAGACGAGCCUGAGCCCGAACCCGCCCUGCCCUCUUCAUCCUCCAACCCCUUUGAAGCCGACUGGCGCCUCCUGGGCUCGUCAGACUCCACCCCCAACCCAUUUCAGAUUCGGGAAACAGGCAAGCGCGAAGCCCUGCACCACCGCAUGGUUGAUCGAGUCUCGCGCACCAAACGAGCUGAAAAGGCCGCCCGCACGACCAAAACCCCUGUCACUGCGACGCCUCGUUUUGCGAGCAGCCCUCACAUCGACUUUGGGCUGCGCUCAACGCCGGGUGCAGCGAGACCGGGGGCUACUCCGGGGAAGAUGCUGACGCCCGCAGCGCAGAAGCUGCUGCAUCAGGUUGGAAGCAGAACGCCGAAAGGGUCCUCUGCGCCCUCGCGGUCUGGAUUGGGCAAUAUGUGGACGCCGACUCCACGACGAAAAUGA